CUUUCAUUUUCAUUCCAAAGCUAACAAAUCCUCAAGCUAUUGCCUUCAAAAAAUAUCUCUCUGUUUUCUAUCAAUUCAAAUUCAAAAACUAUAAAAUUAAAAAUUUAUUUAAAUGGGUUCAAAUACAAAAAUAAACAUAUCCCCAAGAAAAUUAAGAUUAGAUCUUUAUUCGUAUCAAGAUGAAUCAAACAUGCCUUUAGUGGUAUCAGUCUUAGCGGCUUUAAUCGAGCGACAUAUGGCAAGAAAUGAGAAGAUAAGUCAAAGUAAUGGAAGGGCGUUAUUGUCGAGAGACAUGAGAAUUCGUGUCUUUGAUGCCCUUGAAGCUCCGGAUAUGAGUAUCCAAUCUUUUUUGGAGCGGAUAUUCCGUUACACCAAGGCUGGACCCUCUGUUUAUGUGGUAGCAUAUGUUUAUAUUGAUAGAUUAUGCCAAAAUUACCUUGGUUUCAAGAUUAGCCCUAGUAAUGUAUAUAGACUUCUCAUUACGACAAUAAUGGUGGCUUCAAAAUAUGUCGAGGAUAUGAAUUAUAGGAAUUCUUAUUUCGCAAGAGUGGGAGGAUUAACAACGAAGGAAUUGAACAAAUUAGAAAUGGAUUUUUUGUUCUUGAUGAAAUUUAAAUUGUAUGUAAAUGUGAGUGUUUUUGAGAGUUAUUGUUGUCAUUUAGAAAGAGAAGUAAGCAUUGGAGGAGGUUAUCACAUUGAGAGAGCGUUGCGUUGCGCUGAAGAAAUCAAAUUAAGUCAACGUGUGGAGAAGAGUUUCGGUCAAAUUGCUCGUAUUACCUUGUAAAAUAACAAAAAUUAAAAUGUAUAGUUUUUUAAAAACUAUAUUUUGGAUAAGUUUUUGUAUAUUGAAUAUAAUAUCGUAAAUUCAUCUUUGAUUGUA